AUCAACUUCAUUCUCAUCUUCAACAGACAGGGCAAGAUCCGCCUUACGCGGUGGUACCAAUACAUGACGGAUAAACAAAAGGCGUCGCUCAGUCAGGAUGUCGUGACACAGAUCCUGGCAAGAAAACGAGGCAUGUGCAACAUUCUGGAGCUCGAGGGAAGGCGCGAGGCACGAGGAAAGGCCAUUUACAAGAGAUACGCUUCGCUGUUCUUUUGCUUUGGAAUCGACUGGAACGACAAUGAGCUGUCAGGACUGGAAGUGCUUCACAAAUAUGUCGAAUGCCUGGAUCAGUACUUUGGAAACGUGUGCGAACUCGACAUCAUCUACAAUUACUCCGCGGCAUAUCAAGUCAUGGAUGAGAUGUUGCUAGGUGGACAUGCACAGGAGACCAACAAAAAGAUCGUCGUCAAACACUGUAAAGGGUUUGACAAGCUGGAAGAAUCAGACAGCAUUGUCCACAACCUUCGCGCAUCCAACAUUGCUUGA